GCCAGAAGGGAAGACAAGAAGACAGCUGUCAUGCUAUGAAUCAGAUUUUAAACUGUGGUUUCAAGGGGAAGAUUUUAGCUUUAUUUCCCACUUGCAGAACAAAGAGCAUCUGUUUUUGACACUUGCAGUUCUAUGCUGAUUACAGAUCCAGUUACAGAUUCUGUGUAGGGAAACUGAAUUCAAAUAGCCAAUACAAAAUACUCUCCUUACAUUUUUUCAUUGAUUAGGUCACUGUGAAAUUAAAUCCAAGUUAUAUAUGAAAGAACAGAAUAUUUAAAUGAGAACGAGAGGUAGUAUGUGUGAUUUCCUUCAGUCCUGUAAAUGGUGUGACUUGAAACACUAUAAGCAGAUAGACUGGUUAUUGGUUUUAUUGUUUUAUGGAAUUUGAAGACAGUGAGAGCUGAAGAAUGAACAGAUUCUGGCUUGAAAAGUGUUCAUGUGUGCUGCCGUAGUGAGGGCUAAAACAGUUUCUUGGACACACUGGGAAUCAAGAAAGCCAAAAGUGAGUCACAUGGACGACUGCAGACAUCACAUUUAAUUGUGUAAUAAUACUACGGCAAGCACAAUUGGAGCAGGCUUGCUGACCUCACAGCUGAAAGCACUAUUUAAGAUCUGGCUACCAGAUGUUCCAAUAGGAUCUAGCCAGCUGCUAGCAGAGUUUACCCUGAGUGUUUUAACAGGAAAUAUUUACAGCCUAAUAGUUCAGAAGAGAUGAUUGCACUAAUUUUCUUUUCUGCCCUGCUGUGGGACAAGGCUCAAGCAUGGGGAUUCAAGGACGGAGUGCUGCAUAACUCCAUCUGGUUAGAACGAGCUGCUGGAGUGUAUCACAGGGAGUCACGCUCUGGGAAGUACCAGCUUACCUAUGCAGAAGCAAAAGCAGUCUGCGAAUACGAGGGUGGACAUCUAGCCACAUAUCAGCAGCUGGAGGCGGCAAGAAAAAUAGGAUUCCAUGUAUGCGCUGCUGGCUGGAUGGCAAAGGGCAGAGUUGGUUAUCCCAUAGUAAAAGCUGGAGCCAACUGUGGCUUUGGAAAAACUGGUAUUGUUGAUUACGGGAUUCGCCUCAACAGAAGUGAGAGAUGGGAUGCCUACUGCUACAACCCAAAUGGAAAAGAGUGUGGUGGAGUCUUCACAGAUUCCAAACAUGUUUUUAAGUCACCAGGCUACCCAAAUGAGUAUGAAAAUGAGCAAAUUUGCUACUGGCAUAUUAGAGUAAAGUAUGGACAACGUAUUCAUCUACAGUUUCUUGAGUUUGAUGUUGAAGACGACACUGCUUGUAUGGCUGAUUUCUUGGAAAUCUAUGAUAGCUACGAUGAUAUCAACGGCUUUGUGGGCAGGUUUUGUGGAGAUGAGUUGCCAGAUGAUAUUAUUAGCACAGGCAAUGUGAUGACCUUGAAGUUUUUGACAGAUGCUUCAGUGACUGCUGGUGGUUUUCAAAUUAGAUAUAUUACUAUGGACAUGCCUUCUAAGUCAAAUGAUGGAAAAAAUACAACAUCUCAAGGAAAAACAAACUUCUUAUCUGGGAAAUUCGGUAUUAUGUGAGCAGAAUAAUGAGAUACACUCAUUAAGAAACAUGUUUUAGAGCCCAAUUCAGAUAUGUUUCUUCAGAUAAGACAUUUUCUUCAUAUCUUUCUUCUGAUUUCUGCUUUAUGUAAGUUUUGUUAAGUACACUAGGAAAUAAAUUAUGAAACAUACUUGUAUGAAUAAUAGAAGACUUUUUAGAUUCCAAGUACUGUAAAGAUCUGAAGAAUGCAUUGUUACCAAAGAUUUAAGAAUUAUUUUUCUAUAUAAACUAUUUCUUCUCCUCAUUUCUUGCACCAUUUGAAAAAACUUUGUGUGUGACUGUUUCUAUUAUUUUUAAAUGUAACAUGCUGUUCUCUCCUUGGUUUCCACCUAUUUAUUUUUUUUGGUUGUUGCUUUGUUUUUUCCUGUUCUCUACACGUUAUUAUUUCUUAAAUUAACUCAUUUCCAUGAACUCAAAAGGCCUUUGGAAUGAGUUUAUUUUUAAUAUACAUAAAUUAGUCUUGUGAAUGACCUAGAAGCCACACGUCACUGCCUAAAGUCAGAAGACAGGGAAGCAACACGAACAGCACAGAAUCAAUUAUAUCAUCGUCAUAAUUUUGUUAUGAGAUGAAUCAAAAAGUAGUCAAUUAAUUUUGCCAGGGUUUCCUCACUCAGAGGAGAGAUGUUUAAACCCUUUCACGACUCUGAUUUCACUUAAUGAAGAAUCAAAUGAAAGAUGUGGCAAUGUUAAUAGAACUGGUAAAAUGAAGCGUCAGAAGGAAUGUUGACUGAGUACCAGCAAAUACGUUCAGAAGAUCCUGUCACAAUGCUGUAUGGUGUUUACACGGGUUUUAAAAAGACUGUACUGUUUUAAAUUGAUGAACAUACACCAAUCUUUAUAUGUUUUUAACUUCAGUUUAAGUUCUUCAUUCUGAAGCAGCAUUAAAGCUACCUCUGUUUUAAUCAUG